UACUAUACUUUCUCUCCAACAUGGCGACACGCUGAGUAGAGUUUUUGCAAAACGUUGCUAGUUGCUAAAUCAUAUCAACUACAUGAGAGCUAUUUAGUGUCUCGGAAGUCAUUACCGUAUGACUAUUGUUAUUGUGUCACAUAUAGCAAAACUAUUUCUUGAGUGACAUCGAGAUGUAUCGUCGCGGAGCCGCAAAAAGGGACCCCAACAACAAACCUGUGAAGAAGGACGUGAGUGACAGCGAUAAAUACGCCGACCUCUUGGUUUUCGGUUAUGCCUGCAAACUGUUCCGAGACGACGAAAAGGCUCUUUACCACGAGCAUGGAAAACAUCUAAUCCCAUGGAUGGGGGACAAGAGCAUCAUGAUUGAUAGAUACGAUGGGCGGGGUCACUUACAUGACCUUUCAGAGUAUGACAGUGGGUCAUGGAAUACAUCUUACCAGCUGUCUGAGGAAGAGGCCAGGAUUGAGACGCUGUGCGAUGAAGAGCGGUACCUGGCUCUGCACACAGACCUGUUGGAAGAAGAGGCAAGACAAGAGGAAGAGUACAAACGUUUAAGCGAGGCUCUGGCUGACGAAGGAACUUAUACUGCAGUGGCCUUCAAAUACAGCGCUGACUACUAUGAUCCCUCACAGCCCACAGAGGAAGAGGACGCUAACAAGGAGCAUGAGGAGACAGAGUCUGAGGAAAGUGAAGAACCAUUUGUUGCCCCCCCAGGACUUGCUAUCCCACCAGAUGUGGAGCUGCCGGCAACCAUCAAGACUCAUAACAUAAUCGAGAGGACAGCCAGCUUUGUGUGUCAACAGGGGGCUCAGUUUGAGAUAGUGCUGAAAGCAAAGCAGGCAGGGAACUCCCAGUUUGACUUUCUCCGCUUUGACCACUAUCUGAACCCAUACUAUAAACACAUUCUGCGGGCCAUGAAGGAAGGUCGAUACAACCUUGUCUCUUCUAACAAGCAGGAGCAAUCACAGGAGUCAAAUUCAGAAGAUUCUGAUGAUGAUGGAGAUGGCAGCUACCUUCAUCCCAGUCUUUUUGCUCCUAAGAAAUGUUCUCGCCUAGAGGAGCUGACAAAACCUCUUAAGGUUAUGGACCCAGAUCAUCCCCUGGCAGCAAUUGUACUAAAAGCUCAAAAGGAAAGAAAUGGCACAGCAGCUGCAGUCACCGCUCCCGAGGAACCUGCACCCACUCCACCAGUCCAGUACUCUGCUGACCCUGUCUACUACGGGUAUUACAUGCUUCCAGAUGGCUCGUACUGCUUAGCUGCACCUCCACCAGGGGUAGAUGCCACUUCAUAUUACAACAAUAUGACUUCAGCUGCAGUUUCGGCCCCUGCUUCUUCUGAGGCUUUGUCCCAAAGUGAGACUACUUCAACACCUGCUGUGACUAUCACGGUGGCACCACAAGCUACUACUCCCUCACAGGUUUCCAACCCAGCUGCAACUGCUGGUGUUGCAACGAUGGUUCCAGAAAUAAGUAGCACCAAAGUUGAAACUCCAGUUUCCACACCAGUGGCCCCAGCCAUCAUUCCCCCACCACCCGACAUCCAGCCAGUCAUAGACAAGUUGGCUGAAUACGUUGCAAGGAAUGGUUUGAAGUUUGAAGCCAGCGUACGUGCCAAGAAAGAUCCCCGGUUUGAUUUUCUGCAGUCUUGGCAUCAAUUUAACGCCUAUUACGAGUUUAAGAAGAAUUACUUCAUGCAAAAGGAAGGAAGAACUCUACGAGAGAGUGCGACAACAAAUGAAGAUGAUAAGCUUCAAUCCGACGACUCAGCCAAUGAGGCCAAGCUUACAAAAGCCUCUUUUGCCCCCAUCUCCUUUGCCAUCAAGCCGAAGGAAAAUGACAUGCUGCCCUUAGAGAAGAACAGAGUGCGGUUGGAUGAUGAUUCAGAUGAGGACAAGUUGUUGGAAGUGGAGGGACUGGAUGCUGUGUUGGGUGGAGCUGUAAUAGAUGAAAAAGAGCCUCCUCCUGUCAUGACAUCGGAAGAGAAGAAACCCACUCUUACUUCAGAAGAACUGGAAGCAAAACAAGCUAAGCAGAAGCUGGAGGAUCGUCUCGCAGCUGCAGCUAGGGAGAAGCUGGCCCAGGCAUCUAAGGAGUCGAAGGAGAAACAGCUACAGGCGGAGAGGAAGAGGAAGGCAGCACUCUUUCUGCAGACGCUUCGUGGACCAAUCGCUGGAGAGCCUGAGGCCAAGAGAGCUGAGCUCGAGUCAUAUACACAGCAAGAGCUGCAGGAAGCCUACUCUGCUUUGUCUAGUUCUGGAUCUCAAGCGUACAUCGCGCCACCUGCGUAUCCUCAGGAUCACCGACCGUCCCUGGAGAACCAAGGAGUGAACCGUAAGAGGGAGGUCCAAACAGGCUCUUCAUCAUCAUUGUACUCUUCGUCCAAAGGCCCAGGGAGACACAGAAACCGAGAUCAGGAUAGAGCUCGGAACAGAGGACGAGAAAGAGAUCGUGAUAGAGACCGAGUAAGAGACAGGGAUCGGGAUCGGGACAAGGGGAGGGAUAAAGACAAAAAGAAGAAAAAGCACAGAAGGAGGUCAAGAUCGAAGUCAAAGAGCAAACACUCGCUUCCUAGUGCCUACAAAAGAGGUCACAGAUCACGAUCCCGUUCGCGUUCCCCUGGGAGGAGGGACAGGAGGGCACCCUCGCCUGAAAAGAGACAAGAGGAGAGAGAUCGUUAUCAUCCCAGCAGCCAGUCCAGCUUGCCCAGGGGCCAUUCAAGAUCCAGGUCCCCUUCGGAGCAGAAAAGAAACCUAUUAUCUUUGUCAGGGCAGAUGCAAACUGCAGGAUCUUCUUUCUCUCCAUAUUCCUCACCCAGAGUUUUGUCCCAGUCAGCGAGCCCUGCGUCCAGCCUCAGCCACUCAAGGGGUUGUUCUCAGGAGAGAGACAAGGCAGUGUCUUCUUCCAUAGUGUCCUCUGUGCAGUCCAAAAUAACUCAGGAUCUGAUGGCCAAAGUGCGAGCCAUGCUUGCUACGUCAAAGACCUUCCAGCCUCCCACUUCCUAAAAAGGGCAUGCCUUUAUUCUGUACCCACUGCAGCCUCCGUCGGUCAGAGGGCGCCCAUCUCCAAUUUCCUGGAGAUUCAUCUUGCUCUCAUCGGUGUUUAUGAACAAUGUCUUUAUCUAUGAUUUAUUAUUUCAUUUAUGUUUGAGCUCCAGGAGACACUGUUUAGCUACAGAAUGUCCUCUGCAGUGUCGUUAGGAUGAAAUAAGCUGGAACUGUAAGGGUCUGGUUUCACACCUGACUGGAGAAGGCGGCUCAUUUGCUGAGAGAUUAAGACACAGUUGAUACGUUUUGGUGCAGCGAGAAUCAGUUGUGGAAAUAAUCCAUGUGUUAUUUUGCAUUCUGUUUUAUGAUAAACCCGUAAAUGAUGUCAGUCAUUUCUGCAGCGUUAACGUGGAGCUGUGGCAAGUGUAAUUAUCUCCUUCUGUGAAGGUUUGUGUUUGAUAAUUUCAUUUCUCUCUCGCAUAUCUGCUUUUCUCUUCUGCUGCUGUUUCCUUCUCCAUCUCUCUUCAUUAUUUCACUCUCCAACUGAAGAAGUGGUUUUAAUUUUUUAUUAAUUCCCCCAGCUGUACUGUGUGGCCUUCUAUUUCUGUUCCUGGGCUGUACUGUAGUGAGUUUGAUGCAGGACAACUUUGUAAACUGAACAGUCAAUAAAGUUUCAGUUAUGACUCAA